CCAUGUUUGUAGUUCUCGCGCCUCUGAGUCUCUGCCGCGAUUCAUCUUGGGACUCUUGGGACUUCCGUGACCAGCAAGAGCUCCGAAGUGAGAAACGAAGGGAUAAAGCCUCCCAGUACCCAGGAGAUUUUUACUUCCAUAAAUUCUGGAUUGACAGGUUUAAUUGCUCACCUCCUGCUUUGCUAUGUGAAAAUCAUGACCCAUACCCAAUUUCUGUAGAGAUUAAACCAGAAGAAAAUGAUGUGGUGACCGUUUCUGAGCCCAGCUAUUCCAUAUGGUAUGCAGUUUAUGUAGUGGCCCGUGCCCUCCAUAGAACUCUGUUGAGCAAAAUUGAAAUGGGACCUAAAGCAUACAGAAACAUGGACCGGCUUCUUCCAUGCCAGAGUACAUUGACCUACAAUGAUGUGCAUGUGAACUUCACUCGAGAAGAGCGGGCUUUGCUGAAUCCUUCCCAGAGGAAUCUCUACAAAGAUGUGAUGCUGGAGACCUACGGGAACCUCACUGCUAUAGGUUAUAAUUGGGAAGGUCAUAAUGUUGAAGAGCAUUGUCAAAGUUCUAGAAGACAUGCAAGGUAUGAAAACAGUCAUAGUGGACAUAAACCCCCUGAAGAUACUCAAUAUGACAAAGUCUUUACACAUCCCAGGAAUGUCCACAUAUAUGAAAGUAUGCAUACUGGUAAGGAUCGCUAUGAAUCAAAACAAUAUGGUAACACUUUUGCAAAUAACAGUCAUCUGCUAAGUCAUAAAAGGACACAUAUAGGAGAGAAACCCCAUGAAUGUAAUCAAUGUGGAAAAACCUUUGCAAGUAAUAGUUAUCUCCUAAGACACAGAAGAACUCACAGUGGAGAGAAACCUAUGAAUGUAACCAGUGUGGUAAAGCCUUUGCACAGAGGAAUAAUCUCCUAUCACAUAAAAGAACUCACACUGGAGGAAAACCCUAUGAAUGUAACUAGUGUGGUAACGCCUUUGCAAGUAAUAGUCAUCUCCUAAGACAUAGAAGAACUCACAAUGGAGAAAAACCUUAUGAAUGUAACCAGUGUGGUAAAGCCUUUGCACAGAGCAAUAAUCUCCUAUUACAUAACAGAACUCACACUGGAGAGAAACCCUAUGAACGUAACCAGUGUGGUAAAGCCUUUACACAUAAUAGUGAUCUCCUCGUACAUAAAAGAACUCACACUGGAGAAAAACCCUAUGCAUGUAACCAGUGUGGUAAAGCCUUUGCGUACAAGAAUGUUUUCUUAAUACAUAAAAGAACUCACACUGGAGAGAAAACUAAUGAAUGUAAUAAUGUGGUAAAUCCUUUGCAUGUAACAGUGAUUUCCUAAGACCUAAAGGAACCCACAGUGGAAAGAAACCUUAUAAAUAUAACCAACGUGGUAAAGCCGUUGCACUGAACAGUCAUCUGGUAGUCCAUAAAAGAACACAUACUGGAGAGAAAUCUUUUGAAUGUACCCAACGUGAUAAUGUGUAUGCAUUUCAGAGUAAUUUCUGAAAACAUAACUUACCCUGGAGAAAAAAAAAAAAACACUUUAUUAAUGUAAUCAGUAUGGCAUCACCUUUGUACAACACAGCCAUCUCCUAAUUAUAAAAAAAUGCAUGUUGCAGGAAAUAUCUAUGAAUAUAAUCAAUAUCAUAAAGUCUUUUCAUGUAAUAUUCAUCUUGAACAAGAACACCUCAUGCAGUGAAACCCUAUUAAUGUAACCAGUGUGUCAAAGUCUUUGAAUGCCAUAAUAAUAUCCAUGUACAUUGAAGAGUACACACUGGAGAGAAGACAAUGCGAUAAAGCCUUUCAAUGUAAUAGUAAUCUCCUAUGAGAUAAAGAACACAUACUGGGAAGAAGCCUCACGAAUGUAACCAAUGUGGUAAAACUUGCUCUUCACAAUCAUCUUCAAAUUCAUGAAAGAAUUCAUAUUGGACAAAAAGACUGAGUGCAUUUAACAUGGUGAAGCUAUUCUACAUUUGUAUACUCUUCAUCAUCAUGAAAGAAUUCCUACUCGAGAGAAAUAUUAUAAAUGUGUUAAAAUAUGAGGGCUUUGUACAUAUCUAUAUUCUUCAUUAUCAUAAAAGUUUAUACCGGAGAGAAAUUCUGAGAAUAUAAGAAAUAUGGUAAGGCCUUUGUAUUCUUCAGUAUGCUGAAUCCAAAAUAGCUCAAACACUAGGUCAAUGCAAAUAACAAAAAUUUAUUGUCACCAGUAACUACUGAAUGAUUAGUAACAUAACACUCUUGGGAACUGAUCUCUGAUAAAUACCCAACCAUUAAACCAGAAAGUUAUAGAGGUUCUGAGCUUGAAAGUCAUAAUAUAUGUACUGUGUUACAACUAAUUUUUUAAUCAGUCAUGAUUUAGGGAUAUGGGAUUUGUUUAUGUCAUUGAAGGUUUCACCUGAUGUAAAAUGUCACUCUAAAAUUUAGUGGAGGCUGGUAUCUAAAAAGCAAUACACAGGAAUUAAUUUUUUUACCAUGUUCCAACAUACAAAUUAAUCUUUCAUAUUUUGCAUGUCAAAGUCAACUUCAAGAGACAAACCUUACACAUGUAAUCAAUGUGAUAAAGCCUUUUCUUACUGCAGUUAUCUUCACAUACAUAGAAGAACACAUACUGAAGUAAGACCCUCUGGAUAAGCAAUGUGGUAAAUCCUUUUCAUGGAAUUGUCUUUGAAAUCAGAAGAAAAAGUCAUCUUCUAGAGAAACCCUAUGAAUGCAAUCAGUAUGGUAAACUUUUGCACUUCAUGGUACCGUUAUAGAAGAGUAAAAGCUUUGGUGUGUGAGCAACUUCUUAAAGCCUUUGCAUAUCACAGUAGUCUUUGAGAACCUGAAAUAACUCAUUCUCAAGAAAAUCUGUUAGGAUAAAAGAUUUGUUAGGGUUUUUGAUCAACUAACUUGCAUUCAAUUACAGGAGAUUAUUUGGGAGGAAAAUUCUAACAAGUAUUCAUGCAUUAUGACCUUCCAUCCUUCUUUUGUUUCCAAUUAAAAGUCGAUAUGGAAAAAAAGCCUAGGAAUUUAAACCGUAAGGUAACCUUCUUAGAUUUCUCAAUUCUCUUCAAUUACUUGAAAUAAAUCAUCCAGUUAUAAAAUUUAUGUGUGUGUAUUAGUGCUAUUUCUGUAACAAAACACAAUGUCAACUUCCAAAUGUGUUGGUUUUGCCUUACGGAUCCAGUGGGAUAUGGGAUCUCUGUGAAAUGGGAAUCGCAAGUGUCAUACAUGGUGGCUAAAGCAGGAAGCUCAGAGCUCACAUCCUCAACCUGCAGCAUGAAGCAGAGAGUGGCAAUUACAGAUGCUAUGCAGUUGAAACUAUCAAUCCCACGCCAAGUAACAUACUUCUUCAAGAGUGCUGCUUUUCCUAAACAUUCACAAAUGAUUCCAACAAUGAGGAUUCAUUUCUCUGACUUCAAAACUACAUGUUUGAUUUCUAUUACAUGAAGGACUUUAUGAAGAAAAACUCUGUAGAAACUGGUAGAUGCCUCAACACCUGAGUUCCAGGAAUGAAUGCCUACACAACACACUCAUGAGUAAACAUAUUAGUUUAAGAAUUUGCUUUAAUUUCUGUUAUGUGAUCUCAGUAUGUCUUUUUGAGUUUAUGUUCCUGUCCAUUCUGGUUUCCAUGAAGAACAGACCUUAUGAACUUCUUGUAACAGGAAUUAUAGAACAUUGUAAAAACCUGACCUAGGUUCUGGGAAUGAACUUCACUGACAAGCCAUGUCUCUAGUACUGUAAAUAUCUUAAAUCUUUAUAUAUCUUGAGAUCGAGAAGUAGAAAAGAACUCAUAGAAGAGAGCGACCCUAUUUGUUUAUAAGAUUUGAUGACUUUGGAUUUAGUAAAUGUAUUCAAUUUUGAGAAAAUAAACUUUUAAAUUUGUUUUUACUAUAGCCUUGGAGGAAUUAAAUGAUUUACCAUGUUCGCUUAAAUGUAAUGGAGGAGAUCACCAACAGUGGUUAUAGUUAGUAAUUUGAGACAUUGGAGUAGGUAUUGAAGUUUUUUGUAUGUGUAGCAAAUCCAUUCACAGAAGUUUAUUAGGCUGUUCUGGUAAUCUUUCUGUGGCGGCUGUUCAUGUUCUAAUGCAUUUACUUCGUGAUAGGUAUUUUUCUGCUGGAAUGUAUAGAAUGGGAUCUCCAUCAUCAUCUAUGUGGUCCAUUGCUUAUUUCUGUCAGGCAGUGUGUGAUCAUAGUUUUCAAGGAAGGGUCUCUGAGAAAGCGUGGUACUUUUUUAAUGUUUUCAUAAAUUCCUUUGCUUUCAGCCUUGCUUAAAUGUCAGUAAUUAAUUAAUGUUAAAAUGUUCAAUAGUAUGUGUUUAUGUAUGUACAUAUUGUUUGAUGUCCCAUGUUUCUUUAUGUUCCCAUAUUUACUAUAUGUCACAUCUUGAAGAACUGCCUUCUAAGAGAAUUAUCUAGAGAUAUUAGAUAAUGUAACAGAAACGAGAUUUAUUUCAAAAAAAGCAUGUUAUGUGUCUGUAAUGUAAGUAAGGGAUCUUAGGUCAUGGCAGAUAUAUGAAGGGUGUGUGACACUGGGGAUUAUUUUUGCCAUUGUUACACGAUCUUCAAGGUUACUUUGCCAGUUUUACAUACCACAAACUUUCCCCCUGAACUCAUUGGUACUCAAACUUAGUUGAAAGAGUAUAUUCAUACAAUAUUAUCUUCUAUUCAGAUUAUAAACAAAUUGUCAUCUGAGGAUGGAAGAAAAUGAUGUGAUUUGAAUAAUAAAUGCUCUUAACAAAUGAAAA